AUGAGUGGUGCCGUUUUGAAAUUUGUCCGUGGUGACAGUAUGCGUCUGCGCAGCGAUAGAGCCGCGAAGCAGUCUCGCGAGCUUUUCACGCAUCGCAUCGCUCAUACGUCGAAAUGUGGCUACGGCGCCGGCGCCACAACCUUAACACUACGAGCCAAAUGUCUUCUAUUCUUGAUAUCAAAGACUUUAACACAACGCCAGCGAAUUGCACUACACAAUAUAUUGCAUGCACUGCACUUUAAUUAA